AUGAGGCAGCGUGCUGGUGUUUUCUGGUUCUACGCAAGCCUGCCAAGAAGGUGGCCAGCCAUUAGGAAGAAAGCCCCUUUCUUGCACCGCCGUACUGGCGCCGACUUUCGCAAGUGGAGCGAAGUAGAUCACAACAAGACCGGCCUCGUGUCGUACAAUCCUUCGACUCCGGCCAAGGACAUCUUCGGCGCAAACGCAUCUUGCAUUCUUGCCCCAGACAAUGCGAACGGACCGUACUUUGUGUCACAAGAACUCAUUCGGCAAAAUGUCAGCGAAGGCAUCCCUGGAGUCCCCAUGCACCUAGAGCUGCAAUUCAUCGACAUCAACACUUGUGAGCCGGCAGACGUGCUCAUCGACAUCUGGUCGUGCAAUACGACGGGCAAGUACAGCGGCGUGAGCGCCCGCGGGCAGGGAGGGCUCCACACCACCUGGCUCCGCGGUGUGCAGAAGACCGACGCGGACGGCGUUGUCCGGUUCGACACCAACUUCCCGGGACACUACGACUUCCGCGCCACGCACCAGCACAUUGUCGUCCACGUUGGCUCCCAGGUGCUGCCGAAUGGGACGUACAGCGGCGGCAAGGUGGCACACCUGUCGCAGCUGUUCUUCGACCAGGACCUGAGGGACGCCGUCGAGGCGCUGCCGCCGUACAACACCAACCGGAUCCGGGCAACGACGAACUUGGCCGACGGGUUCACUGGCUACUCGGCCUCAUCGGCAUACGACCCGUUAGUCAACUAUGCCGUGCUGGGCACUGAGCUGACGUCUGGACUGUUCGCGUGGCACGAGCUGGGGAUUAACACGAGCUCGAACUGGGACACUUACUCCCUCAACCGACGAGUUCACGACGUCAAGACAUACCCCGUCCUCUCCCCUCAAGGAUCCACGGUCCUCGUCUACGGCCACGAGAAUGGAGUCACAGUAUUGUGGCGCGGUGGUCGCCGACUGAAGCCCACUAAGCCUCAAUCUUCGAAGCCGGCCGCCGGCAGCAAAACGAAUGGUGCUGGUGCAUCCGCCGACGAUGGCGUCAUGAUCAUCGACUCAGACGACGACGACGACACUUCUGCACCAGCUGCCUUCGUUGACAAGCCAGAGUUCGAGGACGAGAAUGUCGAAGACACCACCGGAUACCCAGAGGUCAUCCAGUCCUUGGAUCUCGCAUUUGGCACAGACAUCCUUCACAUCGCCGUCCCGCCCAUCGCGCCGCGCAUCCCGGGAGAGCAACUGAGCGAAUCUGACGUCCUCGCCGAGACGAUGGUAUUUGCUGUGACGUCUGCGAAGGGUUCCAUCUUCAUGCUCACCCUGCCGUUGACGCCGCCCUCUCACGAAAGCAUAGCAAGGGAGGACCUGCGAUCCAACCUCUUGGCUGGCGCCGUGGGCCAGGGCAAGUGGGGCGAGACUCUGAUCCAGCUUGGCGGCCAGAGCAAAAGCCCUGAUGGGAUCGCCAUAACAUUGCUACCUCGACGGGCGGGCAGUUCUGAUCGAAACAAAUCACCUGCUCGUCUGGGUGGUUCCGCCGGGCGUGCCGUCGUUGCUGUUCACGGCAAGGACGCCUCCGGCACGCUACGACUAUGGGACAUCCCUCUCAAAACUACCUCGGACAGCCCUGCCAUCGAACCAUUCCAGACCGAGUACCUGCCGAUCGGACGGCGAGACUCCCUUGUGUCGAUGAUGAAUGGCGGGCCAGAACGACUUGCUGCCGUCAAGGGCGGAGUCGAAGUCGUGCAACUGCCUAGCGCCCGAGGGUCGGUACCCACGGAGGAGAGUGCCGUUCUCUGGAUGGGUGGUUCUGACAACAUUGUUUGCGUCAUUCCCGUCGUCGCCAAAUUCUGGGAUGCUCAAGUCCGCCGCAGCGCAGGUGGCGGCGUCAAUCUAUUCAGUGGAGCGCAGCCCUCGCGCAUGGUCCGCUUGGUAGAGCUCAAUGCUGGGUUGCUAGGCGAGCGGUGCUGUGGUGUCGUUGCGACUCCAAAAGCUCAGCGGCGGCAGUCUUCCCAAAACCUGGACGAUCCAGACGCCACUGCGGAGGAGAGCACUGGUCUUCCAGUUGAGGUGAUUGUGCGCGGCGAGAGCAGACUGGUCGUGGUUCACGACUUCCAAGACGUCGACACAGCACCACUUCGUUUCCCAGCCAAGAAUCUGAAACGCCUCCUCCCUGCAAACGAAGCAGCAGAACCGGUUAAUGCCAUCAUUGUACAUCAAAACCCCGGCCGGAACGCGAUGCGUCUUCAGAAGUUCGAUCUCAGCAUACGCAGCGGCCGUGAUGGUGCUCAACCACCUUCAGCCGGCCUAUUCGGCCGAAGUCUCAACCAAUCCCAAGACGCAUUCGAGGCAGAGCCAAUCGAUUACCAGCCUGAGCUCACAGAAACCCCGUCUCGAUCACGUAAUAUGGGUCUCGAAUUCAUGGAUGAGCUAGAUGCAGCUGCCGACGCGGGCUACGAGUUGGAUGCUGAAGACCGAGAUAUUGAGCAAGAAGUCAUGGACCUCAUGGAAUUGGACCAACAAUUAGAACAGAUGGAAGAUGAGAGGCUACGCGGGACGAAACGGGUGUUCUUUGAGGAGGAUGAUUCUCACAUCCCGUCUUCCCCUCACGGAUGUCCUGCUGUCACCGAGAAGGAGGUAUUCUUCGAGCGGUACACCGACUCGCCCGAGUUCUCGCGCGUCAGAAACCCCGUGGUACACAUGCGUAAUAGGACGAGGCUCGACGACGACGAAGAUGCUAGCGAUGUGAUUGACCCGUCGUCGAAACUCGCCAACUACCAAAGCCCCAUGGAUCGUCUAAAGUGGGAUCCCAUGGACCUCCGGCGGCUUGCAGCUUUCGGGGCUCAUAAACAGGCAUAUGCUAAUACGGCUACCAAGAACCACGACAAGCCUAAGGCAGUAAAAACUGCUCACAGUGUUGACCUAGAUCUCUUGGUAGACGAUGAGGAGAAUCUGGAGGAUGACGAUGACGAGGAGCCAGAGGAUGACACGUUCGAGUUCUUGCUGAAGUGA